UCGGGCUUCAGCUUCACAGAUGUGUUGCGAGUGCUAGGAGGUAUCCUCCUCCUCAACUGCACAUUAAGUUAUUUCGUCACCUCCUCCUCCUUGACAUGGGGUUGGCGACCCUGGUACUCUAAACCCGGUGUCGUAGCAUCUUGGCUGAGAGGACCACUCUACCUCACCGAUGAGGAGUUAUCAGCCUACGACGGCAAAGACGCCAGCAAACCCGUCUACAUUGCUCUCAACGGCACAAUCUACGACGUCACCGCCGGCCGCCACGUCUACGGUCCCGGCGGCAGUUAUAAUUUCUUCGCCGGCCGCGACGCAACCCGUGCGUUUAUAACCGGUUGUUUCCAAGAAGACUUGACGCCAGAUACCCGUGGUGCAGAGCUUACCUACAUCCCCAUCGACGACGAUGUCGACGAGAAUGGAGAAUUGAAGAGAGUAGGGGGAAGGAAGGGAGUUACAAAGGCGGAGUUGAAGAAGAGAAAGGAGAGGGAGACUAGGUUGGCGAGGAAGAGGGUGCAUGAUACCAUUGAGGGGUGGAGUAGGAUGUUCAAGGGUGAGGCGGGGAAGAAUUAUUUCGAGGUUGGCAAGGUUAAGAGGGAGGAGGGGUGGUUGGAGAGGUUGCCGAGAAGGGAGCUUUGUGAACAGGCGCAGAAGCAGAGACCUAAGCGUAAG